AUGGCGGCCGAGGCUAGGAACAACCUAGUAGCCGCCUCCCAGAACAUCGAGGGCGCUCACCGCUAUCUCAGCAACGUGGAGUUCCCGUACUGCAACCCGGAUGAAGUGGACACCCUCAACAAGGUAAGGCGCCACCGCUAUUUCAGUGGCAUUGAGUUCCCCUACUGUAACCCUGACGAAGUGGACAUCCUCAGCAAGGCCACAUCGUACGUGUUCACCGACAUGCAGUCGGAGGAGCGGCACAGCCACGCCGGCCAGUGCUAUGAGAUCACCCACAAGAGGGCCGCCGCGCUGCUGCAGUGGUUUGACCAGGUACUGACGACAACAAUCAUGGAAGAUCUGGCGCAGGUCAACAAACGCGUCAAAGAGACAUCUCUGGCGCUGCGUCAGGAGCGAAUCCGUCUGAUCAAGCUCAAGGGUGAGAGGCCAAGGAGAUCUGGGGUGCCGAUGUGGACGUCGACAAUCGACGCAGGCGUCAGCGCCGACGACGAGGACCUGAACGCCAUGAUGAUGCAGGGCGUCAGCGACUCGGAGGUGGCGAAAACGGAGGAGACGGCGAACGGACCAAGGGCCAAGACGCCACCACCGCUGACCGCGGAGGAGAUGGCCCCGAUGCCCUCCAACGAGGCCAUCUUCGGCCUGUCUUACGAGCAGUUCAAAGAGGACCUGGACAACAUGCGCGAACAGCACGAGACGGAAGUAGAUCACUUCAUGCGCGGCCAGGAACGACAGGCAGACAAAAUCCGUGGAGACCUGGAGGCGAAGCUGAACGCCCGCCGGCGAAACCGCGCCAUGCGCAACCUGGAGGAGCGCCAGAAGCGGGAGCUGGCCGCCGGCGCCGCCGUCAGCUAGGCUUGACGUCAGCGCGGCGGUCGGCCAAUCAGCGACGGCGACCGUCUGACGUCAGUGACCCGCCGUCACCCGGGCACGUCGCGACAGCGGACGAGUGACGCCACGGGCUGGAGGACGGGCUUGAGGUGCAGCCCCGCUGGGAGUGCCUGUGUCUCGGAGUGACAACCACGAGCAGGGACUAAGCCGGCGCGGAUCGCCUCGUCCUGGCUGGUCCGCUGUGGGCGUUCGAGCAGCAGCUGGUCUUCGAUCUGCUUUCUCGGUAGCACUGGACGCUUAGAAAGCAUGUUAUUGGAUAUGUUUAUCACCAAUCACGGACCACUACUGGCGCAGCUGUAACAUGAACAGUGUCCAUCUCAUCAUUUGCGGCUUAUUUUCGAAAAUAAUCUGGUAUCAGCUGAGAAGAAGACGAAAAAGAAGAAGAAGAAAAGUGUUGUUUUCCGGUGUGUUGCCCUGAUUUGGGCGCCUAGAAAUUAGAAUACUAAGUUUUGCCUUUGCUUUAGAAGGUCUAUUUUAUUAACACUAAUUGACUAUGAGCAAUCAGGUUUUUCACUAUAUUAGUUAUUUCAAAAGAGGACCCAGCCGGUCUUCAGGGGUCUCCAAAUAAUAAAACCGACAAAAUGAAAGAUGCUGCCGCAUAUUCAGGGACAGCGGUUGUUUCAAAGCAUAUGCUUCCUGGCAGUUCUCAGAAUUGCAUGAUUAGGCGUUUUUACACUUUGGUUCAGCAUUUCUUUCCGAGGUGAUAGCCACCCUCAACUGAACAUCCUUAACAUGGUAUUAAAAAACUUCUCCGCCAAGGGGUACGUGACCAGUAAAAACACAUGAAAUUGUUUGUUGGAACUCCAAAGUCUCGUAUCACAGCAACUGAGCAAUGGAGGCGGUGUUUCCCUUGUUUUAAUGGACCCCACGUCACGUAAGUGCAAAAACUGCGCAUAAGUAGAACUCGCUUGCUGUAGAGUUGAACUAAGUCACAUAUAGGUUUUACAUACCGCUCCUGGUUUUCGCGCACAAUAGUCACAAUGUCCGUGGAAACUGUGGGUGCUUCGUGCUGACAGAUACAGAGGAGAAUCCCAUAAAAUGUUGAUAUUGCAAAAUAAUAUGCACACAAUAAAUCGGAUCAACCACUGCAUGCAGAGAUCGAAAUGCUUUCCUUUACAAUGUAAUUCAUCAUACAACAUCAUUAAGCUAUUCAAAUACCACGAAAAAGCACAAGGGCUUUUCUACCCACGCUGACAAAGUAAACGCCGCUGUAAGCAUGGGUAGAUCACAUGCUCACAAACUCAAUCUGUACCAACCUUUCAAAAAUGUAUUUGCACGCAUGCACGCACAAGGCACGAUAUGUUCACUUCAUCUAAAAAAACGUUGAUAAAAAUACUGUAUAUGCUACCCAACUCGUCAGGGCCUGUGAUAUAGUGUACAUACUGGGCAGCUUGAGUCCUUCGCCUCUUACGAUGUCGUACGUGCCUUGGAUAUUGCCAAACGUGCACUAGUUUACUUACUUAAAGAGUAAGUGCACUUAAAGAGAGUAUUGCACCAGUUCCUUACCACCAUGUUACCUACCGAAUGAGUGCCGUUUCUUGUCAUGUGCGUACUUUCUCACCUUGUGACAUCGGAAGCCCGCUCGAUUUCUCCUGCGAAGGCAGCAGCUUCAGACGAAGGGUCCACUAUGGAACUGCGCCAGACGGAUACAGAGACAUACCCGAGACGGAUACAUUAAGUCUUUCGGCUGCCUUCUCCCUGUCCUUCUGAUGAGCCUUCGCGGGAUCAGCGCCUUCUGAGAGCUCGUGCGCAGCUGACCGUCAUGUGCCUCUCAGAAGGGAGCUGCCGGCGCCUGUCGUGGUGGUUGCGUGAUCGUGUGGGCCCGCCGCGUGUCACCGGUCCCUUGUUAUCACGGGCGGACAACAGCGACGUCCACUACCAUAGGUUCCUACGUCCAGAAAUGCACCUGCUUGCUCACGAGAGCAGCACGACCCGUACGAACGCAAACGAAUGCGUUUUAUCAGCUGCACGGGAGCUGAAAGCCGCUAGCCGCGGCGCAGCGCCUGUCCCACGGCUCGUGCCAGAGCCGGGCGCACGUGUGCCUCAAUCAGUGAGCGCGCCGGUCCGGUCCGGAAGUACAGCGACACUGCCGGGUCGUCUGCUCUCACUUCUUUUCAGGUCCGCACCGGUGGAGCCUGUCUGUAAUCGUAGCAUUAGAUC